AUGAGAGCUACAACUUUCAUUGUCCUUUUGCUUGCCAUAGCUGCCACUGAAACUAGCUUCUGCAAUGGAAGUUCUGAUGUGGGUUGCAUUGAAACUGAGCGACAAGCACUUUUAAGGUUCAAGCGAGGUCUCGAAGAUCGUUCCAACCGUCUUGCCUCUUGGAUUAGCAGUGAUAGAGACUGUUGCCAGUGGGCUGGUGUUGUCUGCGACAACUUUACAGGCCAUAUCCUGGAACUUCACCUCAGGAAUCCUUUCAAUGCAAUUUUUUCCGAUGCAGCUGAUCCGAAGUCGAUGUUGGUUGGUAAGAUAAGUCCUUCUUUGCUUGAUUUUAAGUAUUUAAUUUACUUGGACUUAGGCGGUAAUAACUUUAGUCAAGAAUUUGAGGUUCCAACAUUUCUUGGCUCUUUGAGGAACUUGAGAUAUCUUAAUCUCUCUCAAACUGGAUUUGAAGGAAGGGUUCCUCACGAGUUUGGAAAUCUCUCCAAUUUGCAGUGUCUUGACCUCAGUCAAAACGGUCUUGAAGGUCCAAUCCCUCAUGGACUUCAAAAUUUGAGUGCUCUUAAAUAUCUUGAUUUAUCAAAAAACUAUUUGAACUCUUCAAUACCCAAUUGGUUGAAUAAAUUUAGCCAUCUUGAGUACCUUUCACUUCACGUCACUAGCUUGGAAGGUCCGAUUCCAAAAUCAUUCGGAGGACUCUGCAAUUUGAGGUUCAUUUCUUUGUCAAAUGUCAAUUUGAGUCAAGAUAUAUCCGAAAUCAUAGAUAUUUUUUCAGGAUGUAUUUCAAAUAAGCUAGAGUCAUUGUUUUUGAAGGAUACUCAACUUUUUGGUCAUUUGAACAAUCAGUUUGGGCAAUAUGAAAAUUUGGACUUUCUUUCUCUAGGUAAGAACUCCAUCUCUGGUCUUAUUCCAUCAUCUUUAGGAGAAGUUUCAUCACUUAGAUAUCUACAUCUUUAUUCUAAUGAAUUCAACGGUUCUAUUCCUUUAUCUUUAGGAGAAUUGUCAUCGUUGGAAGUUCUUGAUCUUUCAGGUAACAAACUCAAUGGUCUCAUUCCAUCAUCUUUCGGAGAAUUUUCUUCUAUUGUAAAAUUAGAUCUUUCACAUAACGAACUGAACGGUUCUAUUCCAUCCUCUUUAGGACAACUUUCAUCGUUGGAAGUUUUAUAUCUUUCGUAUAACAAACUGAAUGGUCCAGUUCCAUCAUCUUUAGGACAACUUUCAUCGUUGCAAGAUUUAGAUUUUUCCUGGAACAAAUUGAAUGACACACUUUAUCCAAGUCAUUUUUCCAAUCUCACCAGACUUACCCGUUUUGAUAUAUCUCAGAACUCAAUUGUGUUGAAACUGAAUUCUGAUUGGGUUCCUCCUUUUCAACUUUAUACAUUGCGUUUGGCAUCUUGUCAUUUAGGGCCUCAAUUUCCAUUUUGGAUUAAUUCACUCAAGAAUUUAUAUGAUCUAGAUUUAUCUAACACAGGAAUUGUAGGCACCGUUCCCAGUUGGUUUUGGAAAUUUGCUUCACAAUUAACUUUCUUAAAUCUUUCUCACAACCAAAUCCAUGGGGAGAUUCCAAGUUCAGUGAAAAUUCUAAAUUUUGGUCAGACUCCAUAUGGAUCAUCAAUCGACUUGAGUUCAAAUAAUUUUUCAGGUUCUUUGCCUCCUAUGCCUUCUGGUAUAAAUAAACUGGAUCUUUCUGGUAAUGCCUUGUCUGGAUCAAUUUCUCAAUUCUUGUGUCAUGUUAAUGAGUCACGCAGAAUAACCGUUCUCUGUCUUAGAGAUAAUCUUUUGUCAGGAGAAUUACCCGAUUGUUGGAUGAAUUAUCCCUCUUUGGUGUACUUGAAUUUGGAGAAUAAUAAAUUCAGUGGCAACCUUCCAGUCUCCCUUGGAACUUUAACUUCCAUUGAGUCAUUGCAUCUUCGCAAAAACAGUCUCUCUGGAACAAUUCCAGACUCAAUCUUAAAUUGUACAGGGCUGCAAGUAUUUGAUGUCGCUGAAAAUGAAUUCGUUGGACAUGUUCCAAUGUGGUUGGGAGAAGGAUUUCCAUCAAUGCUGAUUCUCAACCUUCGUUCAAACAAAUUUCAUGGUCCUUUACCAUCACAACUUUGUCACAUUACUUACUUGCAAAUUCUGGAUAUUGCUUACAACAAUCUCUCCGGAACUAUACCAAGAUGUAUUAGUAACUUCAGCGCCAUGGUGAAAGUGGACUACUCUGCAGGGAACAAUAUAUUACAUUUUCUUGAUUAUAUAGGAGGGGUUGCUGAGGAUGAACAACUUACUUUGAAAGGGCAAGGGACCGAAUAUGACAACACACUUAAUUUGGUAAGGAUAAUUGAUCUUUCUAGCAAUAAUUUCUCUGGAGAGAUUCCAACGGAAGUGACAAAUCUCAAAGCAUUGCAGUCUUUGAAUUUGUCGCACAACUUUUUUGUUGGAAGAAUUCCAGAGAAGAUCGGUGUUAUGAGAUCAUUAGAAUCCAUUGAUUUCUCUACAAAUCAGCUGUCGGGUGAAAUCCCACAAAGUAUUUCAGAAUUGACUUUCUUGAGUCAUUUGAACUUGUCCAAUAACAACUUGAAGGGAAAAAUUCCUUUAAGCACUCAAAUUCAGAGUUUCGACGCAUCUUGUUUUGAUGGUAAUGAACUUUGUGGAUCCCCACUUCAUCAGAAUUGUACUGAGAUUGUUCCAACACCUGGUAUUGAAAACGAAGGAGAAAAAGAUGGUAAUGAAGUGAACUGGUUCUAUGUAAGCAUGACACUUGGAUUUGUGAUGGGCUUCUGGAGUUUCAUUGGUCCUCUACUCGUCAACAGAAGAUGGAGAAAAGCUGCAGCUUGUUUGAUGUUUGGGUUUCAAGAUUUGUUUUCAAGAUCCGUGAGUUGGGUUUCAAGAUCUGUUUUUAUUGUAUCUUCCAGAAAAGCUGCAGUUUGUUUGAUGUUUGGGUUUCAAGAUCUGUUUUUAAGAUCCAGUCUGCAGAUAAUUGCUGAUUGUGCAAAGAAUGAUCGUAAUGUAACGCUCCGUGCAAGGUGUUGUGAAUAUGCUUUGUUGAUAUUAGAACAUUGGCCUGAUGCUCUAGAAAUACAGAGAUCUAUUGAUCUAUACGAAGAUUUUAUUAGAUGUUGUGUUGCUGAUGCAAUGAGUGAGCCUGUUGCUUUCUCUUCAGGUUCAUCUUUGCCCACAUCUUCACCUCCCCAUUUCUCUAAUGGGUCAGUUGAGUUUCAGCACCAAGUUCCAAAUGUUAUUGAGGAGACAACACCUUAUGGGGAAUCUUUAUGUGUUCUGUUUUCAGCUCGUAAGGUGUUGAAACAGAAGAAACACGCAAAUGUACCCAAUUUAGGUUUUGGGGAACUAGUUUCUCCUGGGAGAGAGGUUGUACCAAUUUAUGUUUUAUUUAGUAGAUGA